AUGAUCGAAUCCAUGAGAGACAUGAAGCACAGGAGCAACAGUCACGAAAGCCUGAAUCUGGAAAGGACUGCAAACAAGAUACUACACCGCAUGGAGGACAAGGCCAGCGAGGAUUCUUUGGAAGGCACAAGGGCAAGAAUAUUGGCGAACGCCCGAGCAAUCUACGGCCCGAAUCGGUGUCUCGACGUGAUAAGUUUCGCUCCAGCUUCCUCACGAAAGACUGGCGCCGCCAUCGUCGAACACAAUCCAACGAGCAAAUCGUAUCUACACUGCACUUCGGCGAAGGAGGACUCUCGGAUGGCUGCCUACGAGCACCUGCUUGUCAUCACUGAAGAUCUGCUACACCGUCUGAUGGAUACGGAGGGGAUCACGAGCAGUGGCUGGCUACCAUCGACACCCCAGUCACAACAUGCGGCAACGUACCAUGCUGCCAGUGUCAGUGGAAGCGCAGCAGGCAGUGUGUCGGCCAGCAGAAGGAGCAGCGCCACGCCCCAAGAGAUGAUCAUGCCGCCACCUGAGCGCUUCGCGAACGUCUUGCACACGCCUCACUCAUCCCAUCAUAUCCCAAGACCUCCUAUGGGUGCCAACGUACCGGCACUCGUGCGUGGUAACAGUGAUACAGCGUUUGGCAGCAACACUCCACAUCUACCUCCGCAGGUCAUUCCACGUACGGCGAGCGACGUGAUGAUACAGCAGCCUCAGCCAGUGCAGGCGGGGCAGUAUACGGGUCCUCGUUACGGACGCGUGCAGUGGAAGCUAGGAUCGGAGAGUUGA